GCCUGUCCUCUCUCUCCCUCUCCCUCUCUCUCUCUCUGUCUCUGUCUCUUCCGUGCUGCUCCGUCCUCCUUCCCGGUUUGAGCCCCGGUGACGCGCCGCAGUCAUGGGUGGCAGUCUCGGAUGCCACCGCUCUAUCCCCAAAGACCCCACGGACUUCGGCUGCGGGAAGCGCAAAUUCAGCGCCGCGUGCAACUUCAGCCACAUCCUGGUGAACCAGGAGCGACUCAACAUCAACACCGCCACCGAGGAGGAGCUCAUGACUCUGCCGGGAGUCAACCGCACUGUCGCGCAGAACAUCGUGGAGUACCGGGACUGUAUCGGCGGCUAUAAGAAGGUUGAGGACCUGGCUCUGGUGAGCGGCAUCGGCGCCACCAAACUGGAGGCGAUCAAGCUGGAGAUCUGCGUCUCCAGCAGGACCAGCUCGUCUCAGCACUCGCCGUCCUCCCUGCGCAAAGACCCGGACCACCAAGGCUGCGGCACCGGCAUCAACAUCAACAGCGCCACCGCGGCGCAGCUCAUGAGCAUCCGCGGCGUCACGGAGAAGAUCGCCAAGAACGUCGUGGCGUACCGCGUGGAGAACGGCCCGUUCAAGAGCAUCGAGGACCUGGUGAGGGUCAACCACAUCAACAGCUCCCUGCUGGACAAGAUCCGCUUCCAGGUGUUCGUGGAGCGGUCCAGAGCGCCGUCCACCAACACCAACGGAGGACUCACCUGCACCACCAAGUCCCACCCGAGCCCCACUUCGUUCAGCUACAGGAGCGACGACCUGGACCUUCCGCCCGGGGGACCGACCCAGAUCAUGUCUGUGCGGCCCAGCGUGGAGCCUCCGCCCGGGCUGCGGGACGGGAAGCCCGUGGUGCGCAUGGCGACCUGGAGCCUGCAGAGCUGCUCCUGUGACAAGGCCAACAAUCCCGGGGUCAAAGAGGUCCUGUGCAUGACCCUGCUGGAGAACGACAUCAAGUUACUGGCAGUGCAGGACCUUUUGGAGCGGGAGGCUCUGGAUAAGUUCUGCGUGGAGUUAAACCAAGGAACACUGGCCAGCGUACGGAAGUGGAAAUGGCCUCGAGGGACGUGGAAAAGUGUUGUGUCCGAAAAACCCACGGGACACUCAAGCAAGGGAGUAAGCUACUCUGGUUUUUUGUGGGACAGCUCGGCUGGCGUCGACCUGAAGGACACCACAGUGCUGGAAGCGCCUGUUGUCAACGGCAACGGCAGUCAGGCCUACCCUGUCCUCUACCUGGCUCACUUUUUGGUUGGUUCAUAUGAGCUGACCAUGGUGAACGUGCACAUGAAGGCCACAGCAUUGUCAUCAGCAGAGUCGAAUGGCAAAAACCACAACACAGAUGAGGUCAAGUGUCAGCGACUCUCGCCAAGUAUCCAGGAGACACUCAAAGCUGAGAAGGAGUUGGUGGUGCUGGGAGACUUCGGCUGCCCGCCUCAGAGCUCAGAGCUGGACGUCCUGAGGAAGGAGAAACUCUGUGCCCUCGUACCAUCCACGCAGUUCACCAACAUCAGCACACGCUCUCCACAGGGCAACCAGUGCCUGGAUAACAUCUGGGUCAGCCGCUCCUUCAAGAAGAUCUUCUCUGGUCAGUGCACGGUCGUGCGGGAGGGACUGACCAACCCCUGGAUCCCCGAUAACUGGUCGUGGGGCGGCGUGGCGUCGGAUCACUGUCCCGUGGUGGCGGAGUUUUACGCAGACGCGUCCCCGAAAGAGCUGAGCAGACCCGGCACGGCGGCGGUGGACAGGAGAGACAUUAUGCCCAAACAUGAGCGGUGACAGUAGAGACAGUAGUGGUUGAGUGACAUUCACAAUGAGACUCUGUCCUGUCGGGAACCUGCGCUGUCGUGGAGCGUCCUGAUGAAUGUGAACAAGUGCCAAGAUUGCCUUUUAUAGUUUAUCAGUCUAUCACAGUGACUGGUAAAGCCAUGGAAGUGAAGAUGAAAAAUAUAUAGUAUAUUAUAUAUAUAUGUAUAUAUAUA